CCAGCGCGUGAUGAGUCUCGCUCACAGGUGAUAUCUAUUAGCCUCACAUGCCGUCAGGUGUCGCGUCUGUGGACCAUCAGCCCGCUCCCCAGCUGCCAGAGACACAUUUUUCGGCGUUUCUUGCGCGUGUGUGUGUGCAGGCUGCAGUCGGCUUUGCAGAUGCCAUGUUCGAGCAGUGAGAAUGGCGGAAAAUCAUCUGGAGUACGGCUACCUGGAGGGCGAGUCCAUCGGGGAGCAUUUCGCCGAGGACCCGGAGCUGGCAGCCAUCAAGGCCAGGGUUCAGGAGCUGGAGAUGGAAGAAGAGACGGAGAGACUGAAGGAGGAGGAGAGGUGUGAUGCAGGAGAUAUGCAGCUCCUGACCAGCAGCCCUCGACCUGGACCUUUCUACAACAUGACUCCUGAGGAGAGGAUAGAUGCAGACAACAGAUCAGUCUAUGUUGGAAAUGUAGACUAUGGUGCUACCGCAGACGAGUUGGAGAUUCACUUCAAUGGCUGUGGUCCCGUCAACCGUGUGACCAUCCUGUGUGACAGGUUCUCCGGCCAUCCAAAAGGCUUUGCCUACAUCGAGUUCUCUGAUCGAGACUCUGUGCAUAGUGCUAUUGGUUUGCACGAGACCAUGUUCAGAGGAAGAGUCCUUAAGGUUAUGCCCAAGAGGACCAACAUGCCAGGCAUCAGUACCACAGACAGGGGAGGACACAGAGGCGGUGGUGGCGGUGGCGGCCACCCCAGAGGCAGAGGACGUGGUUACCGUCCACCCCGAUAUCAGAGCAGCUCUCGAGGCAGGUUCCGCUACCAGUCAACUAGGCCACAGCAUCAAACGCCCCACCCUUACUACGGAGGCCCCUCAGUGGGAAAGAGACAGUGGGGACACAUGGACUACCACGAACAGAUGCCUAAACGUUACCCAUGUCUCCUUCUCAUCACCCCGCCUUCAGAGGAGUUGGGGGCAGGUUCGAGUGGACAGCACUACCCUCAACAGCGCUAGCAGAACCCCCAGCAUAUACAUACUUACAUGGGUGAACAAAACUGAUCAUUUUAAAGAAGUGUUUCCAGGCAAUACUGAGUUGAGCAUCAUGUGAGAGGCAGCAGAGACAACUUUGCAUCCCUUCAUCAGUCCUUCAAAUAGGUGCGAUGUGAAAACUGGGGUCAGGUGUUUAAUUAUAAGCUUUUGUUGCCGUGAAUGCAUGGGACAAUCCUCAAAUUGUUAUGCAGUUUGCGUCUCAUUUUUAUAACUUGAUGCGAAUGUAUUGUGUUGCUGCCUGCAAUGUUACGUGUAAAUUCUCCCUAUGUAUAACUUAAGUUAUUUGCUAUGUAAGUGAAUGAAUAAAUAAAUAAUGAUCCGGUGA